AUGGAGAAGCUCGGCCCAAAAGUGAAGUGGCCACAAAAGAUAAGGUCCGACCCAAACACCAGGAAGUCAAACGCCCUCUGCGAAUUCCACCAGGAACGAGGUCAUAAAAUCGAGGAUUGCAUCGCCCUAAGGAAGGAGGUCAUAAAUAUGCUUCACCAAGGACACUUGAAAGAGUUGAUGAGCAACCGAGGAAGGGCCAACUUCGCCCGAGGACGUGAACAGCACCAGGGGCCGCCAAAACCACCUUCACCAACUCGCACCAUUCAAAUGAUCAUUGGAGGUGGCGAUGGAGCAUCGAUUAACAACGUAAAGUUCACCACAACCCACAGACUCAAACAUUCGAUCACUCAUGAAUGGUACGACGAACUCGAAGAAAGUAUCAUCUUCGAUAUGUUAGAUACUCACAAUUUGGUUUUCCCUCACUAUGAUGCUCUCGUUAUCACUUUACGAAUAUUAGAUACAUAUGUGAGAUAUAUUACAGUAGACGAUGGGAUUGGCGCGUGCAUUAUCCACCCUCAAGUGCUUGUACAGAUGAAACUCGAGGAUAAGAUAGUGUCACGCUACAUCAUGUUAACUGGUUUUAACAAUGCACUUAAACGAACAUCUGGAGAAAUCACACUCCCCUUCCUUGCCGGAGGCGUCACCCUGGAAACCAUAUUCCACAUCAUGGAUCAGGACAUGGCGUAUAACUCCAUAAUAGGUCGGCCUUGGAUAUACUCCAUGAAGGCCAUCCCCUCCAGCUUGUACCAGAUUAUCAAAUUUCCCACCUUGUGGGGAGUGUUCAGCAUACGAGGCGAACAACGCACGUACCGAGAAUACCAUUGCAUCGCCCAGGACUGCACAUACACCCAACAAAUAAAGGGAAAAGUAAAAGAGGCAUAG